AACCCCGGGGCGGGGGCACUGCGCCUGCGCGGUGGAGCUCGGGUUUAGCGCCUCUGCGCGGUCCGGGUGGCAGGCGGAGACCCUAUGGCGGACACCCUGGAAGAGUCGGAACCCCUUCUGAGCCGGGCCCACGGCGGCAGCGGCCGCGACUGCCCAAGGGGCGUACUCACUUGCAGCAGCGUCCAAGAGAGCCCUGGGAGUGGUCCCGUGCAGAGUUGGAGCGGCGCCCAUGCUCACCAGGCGGCAGGCAGCACGCCCGGCCAAGGGGACCGACCAGGCGCCGCGGCCAGGCGGGAUCUGUGCUUGGACCAGGCUGUGGUCCUCAUCGAAGACGCCAUCCAGUAUCGCUCCAUCAACCACCGCAUGGACGCCCGGUCUCUGUGGCUCUACAGGUGGUACUACUCCAGCAGCAGCCAGUGGAUUCUGAGCUUCACCAUUUUCUUGAUCCUGGCUUUGGCCUUCGUUGAGACCCCUUCCUCACUCACGCGUACCUCAGACGUGCGCUACCGCCCGGCCCCCUGGGAGCCGCCCUGCGGCCUGACCGAGGGCAUCGAGGCGCUCUGCCUGCUGGUCUUUGCGGCCGACGUCUCCGUGAAGAGCUACCUGAUCGGGUGGGCCCAGUUCCGGAGGAACCCCUGGCUGCUGGCCUACCUUGUGGUGCUGGUUGCGUCUCUCCUGGACUGGACCGUGUCGCUGAGUCUCGUCUGCCAGGAGCCCCCCCACCCCCGUGCCUCCUCCACAUCCCUGCUUGAGGACCUCCUCCCUGAGGAGCUGCCGCCCCAUCCCCACCAAGGAGAAGGCUCGUCUCCUCCCCAGACGAGGCAGAGGCCAGCCCACCCACCGCCGGCUCCAUUUCUGAGCGAUGGUCACUGUGUCCAUCAAGUGUCACCGAACAUUCUGGCCCCUGCGAGUGCGCCGGCUGCUGCGCCCCUUCUUCCUGAUGCAGAAUUCCUCCAUGAUGAAGAAGACACUCAAGUGCAUCAGGCGCUCGCUGCCGGAGAUGGCCAGGACGCUGGGCAGGACCGGGAGCGGCUGACCUACUUCUUCAACCUGCCUGAGGCACUGACCACCCUCCUGGUGCUGCUGACCACCGCCAACAAUCCUGAUGUGAUGAUUCCUGUGUAUUCCAGGAACCGAGCCUACGCCAUCUUCUUCAUAGCCUUCACCCUGAUCGGGAGCUUGUUUCUGAUGAACCUGAUGACGGCCAUCAUCUACAACCAGUUCCGGGGCUACCUGAUGAUGUCUCUCCAGACCUCACUGUUGCGGAGACGGUUGGGGACCCGGGCUGCCUAUGAGGUCCUCUCGUCCGUGACUGCAGAGGGAGAAGCCCACCCCAAGCGACUUGGGGUGAAGCCUGAGGAUUUCUUGCAAGUACUCCAGAAAGUCCAGCUGGACAGUGACCACAAACAGGCCAUCACAGAGAAGCUGCAUUCCCGUGCUGAUGGCCUGCUGUCAACUGACGAGUUUCAGAAACUCUUCUACGAGUUUGAUAAGAGGGUGAUUAAAGAGCACCCGCCGCGGCCCGAGUACCAGUCUCCGUUUCUGCGGAGCACCCAGUUCCUCUUCGGCCAUCACUACUUUGACUACCUGGGCAACCUCAUGGCCCUCGGAAACCUUGUGACCAUCUGUGUGUUCCUGGUGUUGGACGCGCACGUGCUGCCCAAGGACCGCGAUGACUUCGUGCUGGGGAUUCUCAACUGCAUCUUUAUUCUGUACUACUUGCUGGAGAUGCUGCUCAAGGUGUUCUCUCUGGGCCUGCAGGGCUACCUGUCCUACUCCAGCAAUGUGUUCGACGGGCUCCUCACCAUCAUCCUGCUGCCCGGAACUCCAAGGCCCUGUCCCAGCCCUGCCCUCCGCACGUGCAGCCUAACUCCUGAGGCCAGGGCAGCCUCAGCAGCGGGACGUCCCCACGUGGCACCAGCUGAGGGGGUUUUGGAGAUCUCCACUCUGGCUGAGUACGGCUUCCCACACCGGGGCUGGAGGCCGGCGACGCUGGGCCUGCUGUCACUGUGGGACAUGACGCGGCUCGUGAACGUGCUCAUCGUCUUCCGCUUCCUGCGCAUCAUCCCCAGCAUGCAGCUGAUGUCCCUGGUGGCCAGCACCAUCCUGGACUUGAUCAAGAACAUGCGGGCCUUCGGCGGGAUCCUGGUGGUGAUCUACUACAUCUUCGCCAUCAUCGGCAUCAGCCUGUUCCAGGGCGUCAUCGUGGCUCCUAGAAACAGCAGCCUAGCCUCUGUCAAUGGUUCCGCGCCCUGCGGGAGCUUCGAGCAGCUGGAGUACUGGCCCAACAACUUCGACGACUUCGCGGCCGCGCUGGUCACUCUGUGGGACGUGAUGAUUGUGAACAACUGGCAGGUGUUCCUGGACGCCUUCCGGCGCUACGCGGGCCCGUGGUCAGAGGUGUAUUUUGUGCUGUGGUGGCUGGUGUCGUCGGUCAUCUGGGUCAACCUGUUUCUGGCUCUGAUUUUGGAGAACUUCCUUCACAAGUGGGACCGCCGCAGCCACUUGCAGUCCCUCACGGAGGAGCUGGAGGACACCUCUGAGAUGACCCAGGAGCUCCCGUUCAGGGACGUCCUGGAGGAGCCCACGGAGGAGGAGCUGGUGGAGAAGUUGAGCCGCCACCCGCACCUGCAGCUGUGCAGGUGACGUCCGGACACCUUCCCGGUUGCGGCGGCCAGGCGGCCUCGGGAGGCUCUCAGGCCGGGGAGGAGGUAGCCGCGACCCAGAGGAGGGGCCUUCCCCUUGGGCAGACCCGCUGUGUGGACCGAGGCUGGACAGGCGCAGGCCCUGAUUCGCAGCUGAGCAGGACCACUCUGCAGCCCCUCCGGCGCUGUUCAUGCCACUUUGCUUUAUAAGCUGCUUCCGAGGGACUUCCUUUUCUAAAUACAGUGGGUGACUCCACAGGGACCACUGAUGUGUGAGAGGAGACGCAGCGGCCUUUGCCUCGCGCCCUGCUGUUUCCGUGGUGCCUUCGCUGCUGGUGGCCUUCAGGGACCAGGGGCCCGCACAAGGCCCACACUGGCCGACUGGCAGCUUUCCGGGGCAUUAAGCUUGGGAUCCUGGUUUUAAACUAGAAACUGGACUGUUGUUUUAUUAUUUUAUGGUUCGUGUGAGUGUGAUUGAGUGUGUUUCUUCCUGGGUGAGAACGCCAGUCAUCUUUAUCAGUAGGCCUCAGGAAGCGCGAGGUUGUUGCCUACUGGAACAGGACUGCUUCUGUGGAGCGGGGCUCCCAGGGCUCAGCCAGUCGGAAACCAGUGCUGUGGCCAGACCAGCCCUCGCGGUUCUUACUGUGUUUGCAAGAAGCCUUGCAGCAACAGCUGUCAGGAAACUUUGAAAAAAAUAAAGAUUUAUUACCUACAA